CACUGUCUGCACAAGCAUAAGAUCUUAGGCAGAUUAAUUAUUAAUUUAUUGGGCCAUUUUAAGCAACAAUUAAGCUGUGGUCAAUAAGACGCCACCAACGUAAUUGUUGUAUUUAAUUAUGGAGCGCUCCAAAAGUAGCGGCUCAAAUAGGGGCCAAAAGAAAGUGCCGCUUGGUGGCGAACUCUUUGCACUGGGCACAAAAAGUGUUCGCGAUGAUUCAAAAUCCAAAAUUUUGCCCAUUAAGACAACAAUAACGGCUUCGUCGGAUAGAAAGCGAGAAGCCUCAUCCUCCAUUGCUAAUCCCAGUAAGCGCGUGAGGGUCAGCAGCCUGAAGGAAUCCGGCACAGACAUCAGCAGCGGAAGCGUACACGAGUUAUGGGAGCAGAUGGCUGUCGAUUGUGAUAUGCCCAAUUUAGUUGAGGGCAUUUACACGGCCAUCGAACAGAACGACAACGAUUAUGCUGUUCGACUAAUCUGUGGAGUCGUCAAACACCUGUCAACCUCAACAUCGUCAUCGAAUUCCUCUAGAUCGAAGCUGGACAAUGUCGCCAUCCUGGCCCUCUUAUAUGUGGCAAAGGUGCAGCCGCAUUUCUUCGCCAGCGAUAUUAUUGCAUGCGCUCUGUUAUCUUUCCUAAGACGGGAGGCGAAUGUCAAAAUGCGCUACAACAUUAAUCUGCAUAUUUUAUUCGCAAAUCUGCUGGCCAGAGGAUUCGCAGAAACAUCACAGUGGCCAGAAUUGCUGCUUCGCACGUACAUCGAGGAUGCUGUAAAUGAAAGAUUCUGGGCAGACAACGAGUUUUGCUCUCCAUUGGUUAAAAAUAUUUGCGCCGCGUUCAAGACUAGAAUUCCUCAUGUUAGUCUUCUUCGUUGGGAUGCAAACACGGCAUCUGGCUCUGGCACUGCAACUGGCCAGGGCUCCUCCCUCAGGGACAGAGAGAGUGUAACCAUUGAUGACGACUCGGGAGACAAUUCCACACAAAGCCUCGAUGCCAGUCCAUUGCAUGCCGGUGAACUAGAAUCAGUUGCUGAUUCCAUGUGCUCUGCCAAGCCUAGAUUUACAGACAGCACGGUGCAAAAGCUAGUCAGUGAUGCCAUUCGAGAUCAGUUGAAUAAACGCCAACAGCAGGAUAAUUACACCAGAAAUUUUCUUAAAUUCUUAUGCAGCACUUCGGGCAUUCCCGAAGUUCGUUGCCUCAGCAUCUCGCGCCUCGAACUAUGGAUCCACAAUGGAAAACUUGUAAAGUUCGCCCAACAAUUGCUCUCCUACAUAUGCUUCAACAUCAAGGGAAGGAGUACUCAGGACAAUGAAGUGCUCUUAGUGUUGGUAAAAAUGCGCUUGAAGACCAAACCACUGAUAAAUCAUUAUAUGUCGUGCCUAAAGGAGAUGAUCUUGUUGCAGCCAGAGAUUCUGAGCACGGUAAUGAAACUUGUUGUUCAAAAUGAACUCUCAAAUACCAGAAAUCCUAAUAAUAUGGGAAUGUUGGCUACAAUGUUUCAAACUUUGCCUGAUCAGUCUGCUGUAACUCUUGCGGAAAUUUAUCAAGAAUUUCUUUUACAACGUGAUGAUUGCCUAAGAACUUUGCGUGUUUUCCUAAGAGAACUCGUGCGAAUGUUACGAUUUGAUGUGAACCUCGUGAAAUUUAGCAAAACAUUUUUAAGCGAGCGAGAAGAUUUAACACCUCAAGUGGAGCAAUUUGAUUUCAAGGAACGAAUAUUUCAUUCAAUGGUUGAUAUUGUUUGCCUCUGCAUGUUCCUAUCAGCCACUCCGCAGGCACGUGAAGCGAGCUUGUCGCUGAAAACCAAUCGCGAUGUAAAAAACAAUCAAGCUCUCUUGAAACUCUACAACCAAAUGUCACAGAUUCAAUUGGAUACGGUCUCAUGGAUGUACGAGACUGUGCCAACUGUAUUCAAAAUUCCAGCGAUUGAAUAUCAUCAGGCUCUGCAUAAAUUACUUUUAUUGGAUAGUCCAGAGCAAUAUUCACGGUGCGAUCAAUGGCCAUCGGAGCCUGAGCGAGGAGCUAUAUUAAGAAUUAUCUCCGAGACGCCAAUUCAUGAGGAGACUUUGCUGCGUAUUAUAUUAAUUGGAAUCACCAAGGAUAUUCCCUUUUCGAUUGCCAAUACAUUUGAUGUACUUUUAAUGGUCAUAAAGCGAGUUUCUGGAAUGAAGGCGAACAAUUUUCCAGCAGUGCAAGCAAAUAAGUUUGAUAUAAUUGAUUUCCUAUUCAGCAUGUCGGAAUACCAUCAUCCGGAAAACAUUCGUCUUCCAUCCGAUUAUGAACCACCUAAACUUGCUAUAAUAGCAUUUUACUGGAAGGCUUGGCUUAUUCUCCUAAUGAUAUCGGCUCACAAUCCAUCAACAUUUGGGGCUUUCUGUUGGGAUCAUUAUCCCACAAUGAAAAUGCUGAUAGAAAUAUGUAUUACCAAUCAGUUCAGCACCCCUACAACGCAUAAGGAUGAAUUGCAGACAAUAACUGUAGAACGCGAUCAUAUACUGCAAUUUGAAACCCAUUUGGCAGCUCAAACCUCUCCGCAUGCUGUUAUUACCGAGGAGAAUGCCAUUCUAAUUACCCAGCUUAUGCUAAUGGAUCCCAUGGGGAAACCUCGAAAAGUACCAAAUAUGGUAUUAGAUCAACUAAAGUUUCUUAAUCAAACUUAUAAGUUGGGUCACUUGUUUUGUCGGUGUAGGAAACCAGAUUUGCUUCUAGACAUAAUACAAAGGCAAGGUACUACACAAUCCAUGCCCUGGUUGUCCGAUCUUGUACAGAAUAGUGAAGGCGACUUUAGUCAUCUGCCAGUUCAAUGUCUAUGCGAAUUUCUAUUAUUCAAUGCGCACGCCAUAAACGAAGAGAAUAGUCGCGAUGCUGAGUUAGUGAAUUUCCUACGUAAUCUUAUAUACGACGCGAGUCUUAAUCAUCAAAUUGUUUGCGAGGUAUUAGACUAUAUUUUCCGACGCCUAUCCUCUACUGUAAAGCAGUCGAGAGUUGCCGCUUUGUCUGGUGUGAAAAUACUUUUUAAACAUUCGGGCGAAUUCGAAAACGAAUGGCUAUUGAAAUCUAUUCAACAAAUCCCUCACUUUAUGGAAGUAAAACCAUUCAUUAUUCCUCAGCUUAGGGCUGCAUGUCAGGUGGAGAAUUGUCCGGAACUUAUUAUGGCCUAUAUUCAGUUUAUUACGGCCCACACGUUAAAUGAUCCGGUGAAUGAGAUGCUUGAUCAUGUCAUAGAUAUGGCACAAUUAAUUGUAGAGCGUAGCACAAUGUUUCAACACAUUAUAAUAUCUCAGGAAGAGUAUGAAAUAUCCCCAGAUGAGAAUCGGAUUCAGACAUUAAAAUGCCUAUUCGUUAUGUUUAAUAAUUAUAUUAUCAAAUUGAGGGAAUAUCACGAGCCCUAUGAAUGGACCGAAUAUCCUGAUCUAUUGAUGGUUCAAUUUGAGGAUGGUGUUCAGCUUCCUUUGCAUAUCAAUAUAAUUCACGCAUUCAUUAUAUUGCUCACUUACUCGAACAGUAAUAUGCCCGAAUCCAUUCCAAUUCUCGAUUAUUGGUUUCCACAGGGACGGCCACCACCCGUGGCGUUUUUACCUAGCAUGCCGCAAGAGCAAAUGCAACUUUUACCCGAUUGGUUGAAGCUUAAAAUGAUUCGUUCUUCAGUUGAUAGGCUAAUCGAAGCCGCUUUAAACGAUCUAAAUCCCGAUCAGAUUGUUCUUUUCGUCCAAAAUUUUGGAACUCCAGUCAACUCCAUGUCAAAGCUAUUAGCCAUGCUAGAUACUGCGGUUCUCGAGCAAUUUGAUUUAGUCAAAAAUGCUAUACUUAAUAAAGCCUAUCUAGCCCAACUUAUUGAAAUACAGCAGUCACGUGGUGCUAAAAAUGGUCAUUACACUGUCCAGGCCCUUGAUUUGCAUUCCCAUUCGCAAACUGUUCCAGAUCUACCCAAAAUUGAUGUACAAAUUUUGGAAAAUGUUGAAAUAGAUGAUUAUGACACAGGUUCAGCUGGCACCAAAGAUAGUGAUUCAAGACGAAAGGAAAUUGUGAAGAACGUGCUUACUAAAACAGAUCAGACAAUCGUUUCGAGAAGUGAAUAUAGCAAUUUAGUUCAUAAUCUUCUAGAUGUUGUGGUCGAUCCACGACAUGCAAAACAUGGCCUAUUAGCUUCAGUCACUGAAAUCGUUAGUCAAUCACCCUCUCCCUCUGAUAGAAAGAGUGGACAUGACCAUGGCAAACCUUUCAAGAUGAGCCAGCGUGCGUGUACAUUCUUUAGAACGUUCUUAAGUUGUAAACUAAACGUUGAUAAGUAUGGUUCUAUUGAGAGCGCUUUUAGGAAACAUUUCAAUAUAUCGAAGCAAAAUCAUGCCAACUUAGAUUCGCUUUACACAGAAUUAUAUCUAGAUAGUUUGAUAUAUAUGUUGAGAAGUUCAAAGCAGAUUCAUAUACCAACUUUUAAGGCACAUAACUCUUUCGCCGAAAGGAAGCGAAUUAUUAAGAAAAUUAUUCAAGGCUUCGACCAUAUCAAUGGUCAAAAUAUAAAGAGUGAAGAGGACAGUAAUCAGCAACUUUUUCACAAUGGUCUAUUCAUUGAUUGGCUAGCAGAGGCCGAUCCUGAAAUUGUUUCCACACAGCUUUUAAAAGAAAGAUUCUUGUUUUCGAAAUCCUGCAGUGAAUUUCGUUUCUAUCUGCUUUCGCUUAUCAAUCAUCAAACUAAUUGGACUACUAUUGAACGUAUUGCAGAGAAUCUGUUUCAGGAAUUCCACGGGGACUAUGAUUACACUACAGUUCUUAACUACUUUGAGGCAUUGACCACAAAUCCAAAACUAUGGAAGGGCAGAGAGAAAUACAUGUCCAAAAAUGUUGACACAGAGGCAUUCUUCUUACUUGAGCCAUCUGAGCUGAAACCCUUUGCCCAUUUCAUAUUGCACGAAGGUGUUUCCGAGAUAAAAGCCAAUAGUAGCACAAAUUAUGAUUUCAAAUUGUGUUCGAGAAUGAAUCUCUUGUUCAAGCUGACAGAAAAACGUAAAGGCCAUAUGGUUCAAAUAGUGGAGUACGUUGAAAAUAGUUCAGUAUCGGAAUCUUUGAAACUUCAAGUAUUGCAACAGUUGUACAUUAUGUAUCCGCGCAUCAAGUUCUUGACACAAUCAAAGGCUGGCGAGCAAACCUACAAAUUACAAACACUAAAAGGAUGUCAAGCCGAUAAGGUAUCAAAUAAUUUAAUAACCUGUUUAGGUAGUUUAGUGGCGAAGAAAGAUUUCGAAACCCUCUCGACAGAUACUGAGUUGUUACUUAGAAAAUUGGCUGCCUCGCAUCCAUUACUUUUCCUCCGACAAUUGAGUGUACUUUCCUCUGUCAUGCAGGGCAGAGCACAAAAUAGUAUGAAAGCACUGCGGGAAGAACAUCAUUUCCAUCGGUUUAUACAAAUUCUAAGAACAUUGGAACUAUUACAGCCUACGAUUUUCGAAGACGCCUACAAAACUGAUGUUCAAACAACACUUUCGUGUUACUUUACCUUUUUCAAACAUCACAGCUCAGUGAAAGAGGCCAUUCAGAUGUUAAGUAAAUUCGUUCAGCUAUUGCAGUCAUAUAUCAAUUAUAAUCCGGUGAGUGCCUUAUCGUUUAUCGAGCAAUAUGUUGGAAUCUUGAUGGAAUUGGCAGCCAAGUAUACCUCGUUAGAGAAACUACAAGUUUUAGUGCAAGCCGUCGCCUUGCUGCAGCAUAAAUCGAAUGCACCCUACGAGCUUGAUGAUGAGGAAGUUAAGUACGAGUACGACUUAGAUGAGCAUGUAGAGACAAAGCCUCCUAUAAAUAUCAAACCCGAUGUUGAAGCUGUUGAAGCAAAUUCCAAUGCAGUUCCAGUCGAUGUCGGCGCAAGGGGUUCCGGCUCCGCUGCAAAUCUUACCAUAGGCUCUUACAGUCGUUUGAAUUAUAAUGAUAUUUCUCCACACUUUCUCGACUUGAUUAAAAUUAUUAAGCAGUCGGAUGCUGAAGAUGUUGUUUUGGGACCAUUGCAGGAAUUGGAGUGUCUCACUUCGAAACGAUUUGUAUUCAUCAAUGAGUUAUUUGAACGACUAUUAAGUUUAAUUUUCUCUCCUAGCGCGCAAAUCCGUUCGAUAGCUUUUAUUAUAUUAAUAAGACAUUUAAAGCAUAAUCCGGGAAAUUCCGACAUUAAUUUGUGCACUCUUAAUGCGUACAUGCAAUGUCUAAGGGAUGAUAAUUCAUCUGUAGCGGCAACUGCAAUUGAUAAUUUACCAGAGAUAUCUGUGCUGCUGCAGGAGCAUGCGAUUGAAAUUUUAUCGGUUGCCUUUUCGCUUGGCUUAAAAUCUUGCCUUAAUACUGGUUUUCAAAUACGAAAAGUUUUGCAAACAUUGGUGGUUCAGCAUGGUUAUUAGAGUUAUUAAGUUAAGUUCGUAUAUUUAAGCCUUGAAGUUUCGUAUUUUAUUUUAUUACUAAUAUGUAUAUUUAAUUAUGGCAUCUAGAUAUAAGCUUAAACAAGUGUGUGUGUAUGAAUAUGGUUAAUAAAACUAAACUUAUCUACA